CCAUCCACUGCAACCUAAUCAAGACUUCACGAGUCUUCUGAACUCGCAAGAACCAGCCAAAGCUUCCACAAUGGGGCCUGUGCCUCGCCGUCUGCUUGCGGGCGUCGCUGCCGUCCUGCUAGUGGCAAUACUAGCCCAUGCUGCAGAGCCCGAGAUGGCCUUCAUGGUCGUCGGCUUGGCCAAGUGCGCCGACUGCACCAGGAAGAACAUGAAAGCUGAGGCAGCAUUCAACGGCCUAAAAGUGGUUGUCAAGUGCAAGAAUGCCGACGGCGUGUUCGAGACCAAGGCCCUCGGCGAGGUUGACAGGUCCGGCGCCUUCAGCGUCCCGCUCACAGCGGAUAUCCUCCGCGAGGACGGCGAGCUGAAGCAGGACUGCUUCGCGCAGCUCCACAGCGCCACCAACCAGCCAUGCCCCGGACAGGAGCCGUCCUGGAUCGUCCGGCCGUCCAGCGACGAUGACAAGAAGAAGACCUUCGUCGCAGUCCCCGGCAAGAUGCACUACUCAUCAAAAGAAUGCGCCUCCGCGUUCCUCUGCGACCAUUUUCACAAGAAGCACCUCUUCCACAAGAAGCCCAUCAUGAUGCCACACUUCCACAACAAGCCCGCGCCCGAGCACAAGCCGCCGACGUCCGUGCCAGUGUACCACGCGCCCGUGCCGGAGUACAAGCCGCCAACGCCCGUUCCGGUGUACCACUCUCCCGUGCCGGAGUACAAGCCACCCACUCCGGCGCACUCCCACCCGACGCCGAUCUACCAUCGUCCUGCCGACCAGAAGACCCAGAACCCCGAGACGGACCCUGAGAAGUUCAAGAAGCUCCUCCCCUUCAUCAAGAAGAACCCUUUCUUCUUCCCCAAGUUCCCCAAGUUCCCUCCUGGCGAGGAGGAGAUCAAGGUUUAGAGAGAUCGGUCAGAGCCGAAGCAUAGUUGUUUCGUCUGCAUCCACUGUUAUAUGUAAUGCUGCGUGGAUCCUUACCUCUUUUGGUCUCUUGAGGGUGUUUCUUAGCUCUUACAGUAGGCCUCCAGCAGGAAUAAAGCAUUUGUUCUGAGGAUGUAGGCCUGGAUGAAAUUAUCAUAAAUUAUUGGAUAAAUACAUAUAAGUUUGAGUUUUCCUACGUA